CUUUUAAGUGCUGGAAAACGCGAAAAAUGUCUGUAAACAAACACCUGUGGAAAUAAUGGCCUACAGCGAGAGGCUGCAAUCGCAGAACCUCGUGCACCUGCUCCAGAAUCGAGAAUCAGGCUUCCUUGCUCCCGGAACUUCUGCCAGCAGGACCCCCCAGUUUGCCCACGAGCGAAAGUUCUACAAGUGCAUCACUCCCUGCUUGACCAUUGAUUCCAUUUCGAUUCCGCAAGUUUACCUGCGGAAGUUUACACCAGAUGGCAGCAAGUUACUGGCUUUCUCGCAGGAUCAGCGCAGCCUGCAUAUUUACAAGUACAAGGGCUUCGGCUCGGCGGCGGUGGGAGAGUUGAUCCGGGAAGCGAAUGUGGGCACCGGAGAAUGCUUCAAGAGCCAGGAAAGCAACGUACAGAACCAGAUCUUCGACCGCUUGUUCGCCACAAAGGAUGCCACUGUCCUGCGACUCUGUCAGGGCGAAAGCGGACGGUAUUAUCUGCACCGGGAGUUCAGCGUGUUCCUGGAGAACGGCCGUUACGUUCUACUGGCUGCAAUGUCCGUCUUGAGAAACGCCAUGCCCACCAUGUCUUACAUCCUCUACCCGGAUUUGUUUGACAAACUAGACGCCUACUCUUACGUGUUCUUCGUGGUCGACCUGGAACAGGGCUGUGUCACCCACAGACUCUUCUUGUCGCAGGACUCCAUAGUGAUAGCCCAUAACCAUGGCAUCUCGGUGUUUGGUUCUACAAUUGCAAUCAUGUCCAGGCUGCAUCAGUGCAUCUAUGUUUACGAGCUAGUGGAGGGUCGUUUGGUUGAACAGGAGACGAUUGGUCCCCGGCCAAGAGACUUUAUCGAGAAUGCGUCCAUGGAUGUUGGCAACCUGGACGCGACAACGGUUAUGCCAAUUACUCACAUUAAACAAAGGGUCCUAAGCUUUCUGUACCGCCAAAUUUAUGGGGAGAGUCCUUCAGCGAGGCAGAAGCUGCAAGAUUUUUACAAGAUCUUUGAAUUUGUGGAAUACAUGAUUAUGGAAAGGAUGCAAUUGGUGAACAAGGAACUCCUCCUGUUGCGCUACGAAGAACGUCAAAAAGACAGCGAUGUUAUGCCUCUGACACCAACUCCUCGCCGCUUGUAUGUUUUUUACAAUAUAGCCAGCGAGGAGGUGGUGGGGGUCUACCAUGAUGAUUCCGUUGACUUGCUGCAGAUCAUACUCCAAUUUUACGACCAGAUGAGCAAUGUUCGAUCCAUGCAAACAGGAGAUGCUCCCUCCCUGCCGCUGCACUUUUUUCUCAAGCAAAACUUUGCAGAUGCCAGCGAAUCCAUACCCUUCAUCCGGCAUGCAGCAUUGCGCUUCAAUCCAAGUGUUCCUGUCAGCUCCCAGAGUCUGUCACCAUCGCCGUAUCUCCAGUUCAACGACUUCAGCUACGAUGACCGGCACAUAUCGCCCCUAGAGCGUCCAAAUCCCUGUUCCACUGAGCCCAUUGUAUUUAGAGAUCGGAUGACGAAGAGUGUAAAGUUUCGGCUUUACGCCAAGGCGCGUCGACCAACCAACUCACUGUCACCCCGGGAGUUAUGCGCCUUUAUUUGGCACCCAUUCGAGCCCUUUGUGCUCAGCAUCCAGAAGUGUAUGAAUAGUUACGCAUACCAUGUACAUUUGUAUAAUCACAGCACGGUGGUAGAACAGACGAGUAACUGAAAUAAAAGCGCACUGUGAUUUGUAAAUACAUUCUAACUAGAUCCUUCCCUAGGGCGCUUAGCCUAUAAUAUUAAGGAUUAGUUGAGGGAUUAGGAUAAUAUGUA